GCCAUCUAUCCGAGUGAGUAUAGUUUCCAUAUGAUGAUUAUGAUCAUCAUCGAUGUUUACCAAUCGCGAUAAUCAAUCAAAAAAUGGUAAAAGAAUUACCUGUUGAUCGAUAUUUAAUCAAUAAUCAAUUUGAUUCAUAUCGAUUAUGUAACAACAAUGAUGAUAAUAAACGAUGGCAAAUUGAAUCAUUAUCGUUUGAAACGAUUUUUGAUCAACAAAAACUUCAAACAAUAGAAUUGGAUCAAAAUGAUUAUAGUUUUGUUCAUGUUUCAAUGAUAUCCAGCAUAAAUAAUUUAUUUAUCGAUACAUCUUCUUCAUCGACGUCGGAUCGAAUAUAUUUUAUUACCGAUCAAGGUUCGAUUAUUGGUGUUGAUUAUUUGGAUGGCAAAAAAUUGAAAAAAUUAUUUCAAAUACCAGAUUAUGACCGUCGCCAUUCGUUUGCAUCGUUAGCAUUUUUAUCCGAUAGAUCAUCGGUUAUAAUUUGUCAUUCAAAACGUUUUGAUUCGAAUAAUUUCGUUACGAAUUUAUUGAUUAUUCAAAGAAAUUUCCCUGAUGAAAUUUGGACAUUGACAACUUUGAUUCCAUUUGAUUAUCGUCAUGAUUCGACUGAUGAUAAUCAACAACAACAACAACAAUCAUCACAUAUGUUUUUAUUCAAUACUGGUGAUUCGAUCGAUGAUACAACAAUUUCAAUAAUUCUUGGUUCGAUAAUCAAAAUCAAUCGUGAUCAGUCUCAACAACAAACAAAAAAUGAAUUUAAAAGUUGUUUUGUUUCAUCAUUACAUUGGUUGACCAUUGAUAAACAACAAAAUGAAAUUAUUAUUCAAAAUUAUCAUCAGCUAGUUGAAAAUGGAUUAAAAUCCGAUUGGCCAAAAUAUGUUGCCAUUCACAAUGAUAAUCUUAUUGUAAUAAGUAAUGGACGAAUGAAAUUUUUUAAUCGAAUAAUCGAUGGAAGUAUCGUGCCGGAAUCGAUUUCGAACGAAUUGAAUAUUAUUUCGGAAGAAAAAGAAUUCGAUGCAGGUGAUUUGAUCAAUCGAAAUCAGAAAUCUGACCAACACCAUGAUGAUAAUAAUUUACUCGAACUUGAAGAUUGUGAUUUACCUGAUUUUUAUGAUUGUUUAAUUAUGACGGUUUUCAAAAAUAAAUCCGGUCAAAUUCUGAAUGAAAUUGAUUUAACAUCACAUCAAUGGAUUUGUCAAAUACCGAAUAAUGUUGAUAAUCAUCACAGGCUACCAUUUUUUGUCAUACGACAUGAUGUUGAUGCAUUUAUCUACGAGAUUGAUAUUGAUGAUGAUCGAUUUGAACCAAAACAUAUCGGUGUUUUUGAUGCAUUUGGCUAUAUUCAAGCAUCUCGUAUGGAAAAACGUUUUAUUACAAUGUUGGCUGCUAAAAACAAUAAGGAUGCGAAAAUUGAAUGGAAAUAUGCAGUAAUUGCUGAAUCUUUACAAAAAUUAUCAGUUUAUUGGAAAAAUAAUCAAAAUCAAACAUCAUCAAAUAAUGGUUAUCAUUCAAUCAUACAGCUCUUAAAUCAACAACAUCAUAAUGAUCAUCGAAAAGAUUAUAUUCAAGGAUUGUAUGCUUCAUCAACAACGACCAAUCAAUCAUCAAUAAUAUUUGUUUUGACUAAUAAUUUGAUUUGGUUGAUCAAAUUUUUUUUGAAAUGAUUUGAUAAAGAAAAAGAAAGUAAGGAGCCAAUUCAAAUUGUUAUUAUGGUGAUGAUCGUUUGAUGUUUGGAUAAACUGAAGGAAGAAAGAAAUCAACCGAACCGAAAAUCAUUGAUUUUUUUUUGUUGUUCAAAAAUUCAAUCCAAUCCAAUGACAAAUCGUAAUCUUUGAAAGUUUAUAAAACUAACUUGCAUUAUUUCUUCAAUUAUAAUCAAUAUCAAAUCGAUCAGAUUUGAAAAAAAAAACAUUUCCAAUCAAGCCAGAAAUGGAAACAUUCAUUUUUUCCAAUUUUACAUCUCUUUCUCGUUGUGUAUCUGCGCUGUAUGUUUUUUUUGUCAACGUAAUAAAUUAUUUUGAUGAAAAAAAUGAAUAAAGAAAGAAU